ACACGCCAUUUUGUAUAAUUCAGUAUAGAUAAUUGAAAAUUUUCUUUCUGAAAAAUCAUAAAGUUCAUUGGUUUAAACAUUUUCGUUUGAGAUAAUCAAAAUAUAAUUUGUAAAAAAUGACUGCAACUAUUAAAAGCGAGCAUUGCGAAAACGGUGCUUCAAAUAUACCGGAAUUGACGAAAGAUUCUACACAUGUGGAAGAAGAGGAUAUCUGUGAAUUGGAGCACUUACGCAAGCUAUUCAUUGGUGGUUUGGCCUCACAAACAACGGAAGAGAGUUUAAAGGCGUUUUAUGGAAAAUGGGGCACAGUAGUGGAUGCCGUAGUUAUGCGUGAUCCAACAACAAAACGUUCUCGUGGUUUCGGAUUUAUUACCUAUACAAAGGCCGCUAGUGUUGAUGAAGCACAAAAGAAUAGACCGCAUGUCAUUGAUAAUAAACCUGUUGAUCCGAAACGAGCUCUACCACGUCCUGAGCGUGAGACACGCGAAACAAACAUUUCAGUUAAAAAGCUAUUUGUGGGAGGAUUAAAGGAUAACCAUGACGAGAAAUGCUUAGAAGAAUAUUUUUCUAAGUUCGGCAAUGUAGUGUCUGUAAAGAUUUUGACGGAUAAAACAACAGGAAAACGUCGUGGAUUUGCUUUUAUAGAAUAUGAUGAUUACGAUUCUGUUGACAAAGCUAUAUUACAAAGGGCACAUACAAUUAAGUAUGUUGUUGUUGAUGUUAAGAAAUCAGUUUAUAAACAAGAAAACAAAGGCAAUGAGGGUGGAAAUAGUGAUACGAACAACGCAAUAAACUCUUCGAAGCAAAACUCAGUGGGUAUAAAACCGACUAAUGCCCGACCACCAGUACCUCAACAACCAAUGCCACCGUAUCAACAAGGACCACAACCAGCACCUUACCAACAAGGUACUCCAUACAAUUAUUGGGGUCAGCCACAGCAACCACCACCACACCAAUAUAAUCCGUAUCCCCAGCCACCAACUAAUGGUUGGAAUACACCAUAUGGCUGGAAUGGUUGGAAUGCAGGACCACCACCACCCCAACAGGCACCACCCACCAACUGGUAUGGCAAUCAAUGGCCACAAAAUACAGGACCAGCACCUGUACCACAGCCGCCGGUUGGCCCAGCUCCAAAUGGAAAUUGGAACGCUCCGCCAGUAAAUGGCCCACCCCAACAACCAGGUCCACCAGCUAAUUUCGGUAAUGGAUAUCAGCAAAAUUAUGGCGGCGGUCCUGCCAAAAACAAUCCACCCCACACAAACCGUAUGCAUCCAUACGCUCCACCACAACAAAAUGGCAAUUAUGCUAAUACCAAUCAACAGGCUCCACCCCAAGCUUAUAAUGGUUAUGGCCCAAAUAAACAACCAUCUGCCCCUAUACCACCCAGUAAGAAUGGUGCACCACCGAAUACCGCCGCACAAAUAGCGAAUAAGUUUAGACGUUGAUGAUUAUGCUGUUAACUGAAAAGGUAUAAUACAACAAGCCCAAUGUAGAAGAAAUCCUUAAGUAUAAUUCACAAAAAGGCUUACCUGUUUUGUCUAUCACACUAAUAGGUCAAUGCAAAACAAGGAUAACUAUUUAGUAAAAUUUAAGUAACCUAUGUAUGUACGAUAGUUAGUUUAGAAUAUUACAUAUGUGCAUAUGUUGGAAAACACUUGUAAGUAUCUAUAUAAUUAUUAAUAAUAUUGUUAUAGUUAUAUAUAUAUGCCUAAUUAUUUAGUGGCUUGGAAAUUUUUGUAAUUUUAUGCAUAAACAUACAUAUCUCGAUAUAAAUUUUGUAUUUAUGGAAAAUUUAAGUUUAUUGGAAUGAUGUAAAUCUAAGGCUUAACGCUUAAUUAUUAACAGAAAAAAAUGUUAUGUCUCAAUUAUAAAUUAUUUGUAAUCAAUAGUAAUUCAUUAUUUCAAAAAAUUUUUAUAACCCCUAGUUUAUGAAGAAAAAGAAGGGCUAUUAUUUCAAAAAUAUGUUAUGUAAAAAUUACAAUUACAAUAUUGUAACUCUAAGUGCUUUUAAUAGAUUUAUCUAAUAUUAUGAGGAUUUAAGAAACCAAUUGCAUAUAAAAAAGUAAUACAAUAUGUAAUUUAUAAAAAUACUUUAUCCCUAUGUAUCUCAAGUGCAUAACGGGUUUAUAUUAUAUUACUUGCCAAAAUUGAAAAUAGAAUAUGAUAAUUAUUUGUUAAUUUUAUCAAAUUAUUUUUAUAAACUUAAUCUAUUUUAAAAAACAAUUGGUGAAAACUAUCGUACAAUUAAAGUUUUAUGUAUUUUCUUUAACAAAA